AUGGAUAUGAAGGAUGGCUGGAGAGUCCGGCGACUGGACGACGAACCGAUGUACUGCGAGGCUCCCCACGAUGAAUCGGAUAUCUUGUACGCCAGUCUUGACCACGAAGACCUCGAGAGCCUGAAAGAGAGGAGACGUCGAUAUGAAGAGGCUGCGACUCGAUUUUUGCAGGGACAUACGCCAAGGCUGCUUUCUACAGUUCUAAGAGGCCCUUUCGAAGGACCAGGCGCAAAAGGUUGGGUGAAUCCAUGGCAAUCAAGCCGGAAACCAACAUCAGCUGCCAUCCCGCCACCACCUCCAGUUGCUGUCGUCAAAACCACCACGGAAGUCGAAGAAACCAUUGUAGAAGAAGUGUAUGUCGAGGAUGCAGCGUCUUGCCAUCUACCGAGCCCGCGAAGCCUGGAUCAACCCAACUUAAGCCCGCACCCUUUCAUGGAAACAGAGGAACUAGAACGAGUUGAAGCAUGGCGAAAUACUACGGAAUCUUUGAGCGAUACACAAGAUUUUGCUUGGUCACUAGAAGCCUCUCUCUCGCAGCCUCAGUCACAGACACAACGUAAGCGACGGUCAACAGGUUCAGAGUGGCUGAAGCGGCAAGACACCAAACGACGAAAGGCAGAGGAUACGAACAGUUACCGGGAGGACUCGGCUGCUAUCCAGCGGGAUAGCGCACGACUGAGCCAAAACGUUGUGCAGAAACAAGUGGACGCUGCCAUGGAGGAUGAGGCUGCAAGCUUGGAGAGCUCUCAAAUAAACCCACAAACCCCGCGCAAGGGCUUGAACUCAAGUGCCAGUCGCUCGCACCAGCAACAACUCUCACAAAUAUCCAACAAAUACGCCAGUGCUGCACAAGAUGAGAUACCAGCGCCGCUGAGCACCCCUAUCCAGACUCCCCAGUCCAAUAGGAAGGCAGUGGUUAAGACUGGAGACGAUGCUCCUCCCAGCAGUGUUGUCACUGUGGUCAAGGAAGAGGAACGGGGUGAAUUCGAGACGCAGCAGGACGAAAGCUUCUUAUUCCGUGCAAGGCCGAGGAACCAUGCCAUCAAUACCUUGACCUCAAGCCCCUUGAAGAGAACGUCAUUUGGCCAAGUUUCUUCCGCUGCUUCCACUUCUUCGAGCGAGAGCGACUCCCAAGGCGAUGUCCAAGAUUUGGAGGGUGACACUUGCAUGGCAGACGACACUAAAGCUACUUCCCCAGGAUUCAGCGAGGAAGGUGGAGAUCAACAUUCCCCAGGGAAAGAUACAGUGCAAAGAGGAGAGAGCGGCGAGUCUAUGUCCAAGCCCCUGGGCAGUGAAAUAGCCCUCGAUGCGAUGGAAACCGACGUGUGCCCCACGAAAACGACGGAUGGCGAAAUCUCAGAAAUGGUUGAGGACCUUGAUCAGCAUCUGCCAGUUGAGACGGCCGCAGCAGCAGGAAUCGCGGAUUUGACAUCGAGCCAAGAACCGACGGUUAUGGCCAUUGCUGCAUCACAAGAUCAAGAAGAGAUUUUGGCACCGAAAGAAGCAAGCCCAGUGCUACAACCGCCGACGCCAGAAAUCCAGGCCACUUCACCAAAGGAACCAGCAAGCCAAACCUCCAGCUCGUUCGCGGGCAUACUACCGAACCUCUUCCCUCAAAGUCCCUGGUCGAAGCUGAGCCAGUUCAUCAUCCCGCGUACUCCUCGUCCGCCAAGCACCACUGGCCAGAGCCAUGAACAACUGACUAGUGUCAACACGUUCACUGCUGAAGGCCCCAACGCUUCGCGGACACCGGCAAUACCAUUCACUGCGUCAGUUGUAGAAACUUCUGUGUCUGUUGAUGGAACGCCUGAUCGAAUAGUUGAGCGACCCCCAGCACGCACUGCUGAUAAAUUGGUGGACGCAGCCAAUCUUCUCAACAGUCCCGCCGUACCAGCUUCACAACAGAGCCCGUGGAAUAUGGACGUGCCAGUCAUUGCUCAGUCUCAGCAGCAACAACAGCCGAGGAACAGUGAUGCAACGAGUACCAUUGACCCAAGCUGCCAGAGUCCUUGGACGGCUAGCCCGACCAAAUUGCGCCAAGCUGCUCAAGAAGCUCUUAUGUCAAAGCUCUUUAAUGUUGCCGAACCAGCUUCGCCUUCUCCGCUUGCUCCCACCGCUGCGAUGACGCCUACAGGUCCGGCUGUCACUGUUGAACAGCCCGACAACGCCGACACCUCAGAGCCAGUUUCGCCUGAGCCCAUCUUUUCUAUCAAGUCCUUUGCGAACUUUCUGUCCCCGUCGCCCGAAAAGCCACGUCGGCGGCUCAACAAGACUCGCCUCAGUGGCGGUCACUUGCCUAGUACGCAGAACCUCAUCGCCGCUACAACCAACAAUCCAUGGGAAAGCGUACAAAAGUCUGUCAAGAGGGUCAGAUGGGCUUUACUGCCCAACGAAGUCGAAGGCGAAGAAUCUAUGGAGAGCCGCAAUCCUCACACGCCUACAACGCAAAGAGCUGCUUCGCCGCCGCCAGAAACCGCAGUAGCUGAUUUGCCAACCGGCGAAGACGAUCAGUAUAAAAAACACUUCCAAGCUGUGUCCCUUCGAAAAAGGCUCCAUCACCAUCUCUUGCCCUCGGCAUCUCAGCAAGUGUUGCAAAGCCCGGGCCCAAUGGCCAUGGCAGAGGCUUUUGUCUCUGCUGACUCCUUCCGAGCACCUCCAGCCCCAGUGGCCUUCGUACAUGUCGACGAGGCCCCACUGGCGCAAGACAAUGCCGACACGCAAGAGUCAGCCGUCGAUGAUGUUGACGACGUGCUUCGUAAUCUUAACGAGUUUAUCGAAAUGGUCGAUGUCGAAGCUGAUCUCGCGAGAGCCAAGGAAGAAGAGCAGAAGCAGGUUGAGAAACAGCAACAGCAGCGAACAAGCCAGCCUACAAGCAACAGCUACACAGGGGGUUUUACUUUUGACGGGAUGAUGGACGCAGGAGUUUGGGAUUGA